ACGUCACGACUGUUUACUUCGCUGCAAUCGAAGAGACCUCUGCUUUAAAACUUCGUAACGCAACGAAUUUUUUAGACGAGUUUUGUUCGUUGCCUUCUUCUUCCUUCGCUUUCAGUAUUUUUUUUGUGAAAUCCGUCGGCUAUUUUCGAAGAGAGAACACCAGGGUAAACCAAUAAGGUGACAUGAUUACAUUCAACUUGGAUAUGAAGGAACAAGACAUUAUGACUCUUCAAUAAUAGCUCAUAAGAGCUGUGGCUAUCACAUGCAGUAUGUUUAAUAAAAGGAAAAAAACACUGUCAAUGUAUUAAACGCAUUUAGUAUUGGCAAUUAGAAUACACAAAUCAAUUAUGCUGUUUUGAGUCAAGUCGGAUGUUUAACUGAAGUACAUUGGUAAAGUUGCGUUCAGGUGAUCCAGUUGCCUUUGGGGUUUGAUUAACAUUAAUGUACUGAAUGUCACGUUUGAAGAAUACCUUGAACUGUUUAUCAAAGAUUAUAGCAAGCACAAGCAAUGAGCUCAGAGAGAGAUUUUCUUUUGUGAAUUUUAACCCUGCCACAUUUCCCCGAACUUCUGAGUCUGUGAAUAGGACGUCAGUAACGGGCAUGCCUGUGAGUGCACCAGAAAAACGGGUUAAGAAUGGUAAUGACGAUGAUGACAGUAAAGGCAAUGGGAGUAGAGAUGGCAGCUCAAAACCAGUGGAAUCAUCCGUUCAUGAUGUCCGUGACGAUAGUAGUCCUAAGGGAAAUAUGUUUAGCGUACCAUAUUUUGGCGUUGACCUUGGUGAGGCCAGCAAGCACAUUUCAAAGCAUGUUGAUCAGCACUUCUGGGAAAAUGAAGCUACCACGUCAGAAGCCGGGCAACGGGCGUUAGAACCAAGUCAACCGUCACCUGAGAAGCAACCUGUUGAGUCGGUUUCGGUGCAGGUGAAGAGUGGUGUCGAGGAACCGGUGCAGGAAAAGCCGGCGAGUGUUCGAGGUCAAUCUCCGAAGAAAAAGGCGUUCUCAGACCACAUCCGACACCCCGUCAAUUUGGUGGGCGGCUACGUCACGGGGCUGGCGAGCAAACUCCGUGAGCCACGGCUUGUGAAAUCCUCGAAGAUGGGGGAGAAGGAUGCAGCUGAUAUCUCAUCAGAGAAAGAGGCAGGGCCUGCAGAUAAGCCUGGCAAAGCUGUGUCUAAAUCGGAGGAGAAAAUGUUGAAGCUGCAGCUUCAAAGAGCGAAGGUGCUUGCACGUGUGAGCGCGGACAGUCACACGCGGUGCCUGGUGCAGGACCUGAGAAAGGCCAACGAUUUGCCCAGCCAGGUGUCCCGAUUGGGGGACCUCAACAAGCAUCUUGUGGAGUAUCCCGAGUCCAGGCUCGUCGCUGUGGAGGAGAAGGCUAUUCCAUGCCUGUUGCGGAUGAGGCAGGCUGGCAAUGAACGGCUGCAGGCGUCUGUACGUGAAGCCCUCUCUCUCGUCGGAUACGUUGACCCCGUGCGUGGCUUUGGCAUUCGUGUACUCUCCAUCGACGGUGGAGGAACGAGGGGGCUUGUGGCCUUGCAAGCACUGAAGAAGCUGGAGGGGCACACAGGGAAACCCGUUCACGAAAUGUUUGACUACAUCUGCGGCGUCAGCACAGGUGCCAUCCUGGCGUUCAUGCUGGGCGUUUACCGCAUCCCGCUGCAAGAGUGCGAGGAAAUGUACCGCCAGCUGGGCUCUGACAUCUUCACUCAAAAUGUUUUUGUUGGCACCAUGAAGAUGGGCUGGAGCCACGCCUUCUACGACAGCCAGGCCUGGGAGAAAAUACUCAAGGAACGGAUGGGAGAUUCGCGAAUGAUUGAAACGGCUCGUAAUUCUGGCACGCCAAAGGUGGUGGCCGUUAGCACGGUGGUGAACGUUGGUUCGGCACCCAAGCCCUUCGUUUUCAGGAACUACAACCACCGCGUGGGCAUGCGCUCGCACUAUCCGGGGGCUUGCAGCUAUCGCCUGUGGGAGGCAAUCCGCGCCUCCUCUGCCGCGCCCGGAUACUUCCAGGAGUACAAGCUCAACGAUUACCUGCACCAGGACGGCGCCCUAACGGUGAAUAACCCAUGCGGGCUGGCCCUUCACGAGUGCCAGCUGCUGUGGCCGGGCAUGCCAUGGCAGUGCGUGGUGUCGCUGGGCACCGGUCGGCACGAACUCACCAGCUCCAGCAACGUCUCCUCCACCAGCCUGCGCGCCAAGCUGAGCAACGUGAUCACCAGCGCCACGGACACGGAGGAGGUGCACACGAUGCUGGACGGCCUGCUGCCCGCGGACGUCUACUUCCGCUUCAACCCGCUGACGCGGGAGGACGUGGCGCUUGACGAGCGUCGCGCCGAGCGCCUCAACCAGCUGCAGCACGACGCCCACGCCUACCUGGAGCGCAACGGAGCCAAGCUGGAGCGGGCGGCGGCUCGCCUGAGCCUCGGCAAGCCGUGGCGGCAGCGCGUGGCCUGAACGCUGGCAGCUCUGGAGGGACACGAUGGGUGUGCGGCCAACCGCCACCUCCAAGCUGUGACCGUGGAUUUUUCGGCGUUUUCUUUUCCGUGAAUCUGAAAAGCUUUUUGAAAAUGAGGGCCUAACUGAUAACUUUGGCGAGUGGCUCCCAUUUGUGUCCGAUUUUUGGCAUGUGCCGGUGUUUCCGUUACCAACAGUCUGACAAAUCGCCAGAGCAAGUGUGGUUUGUCAAGAUAUGAAUGUGGCCCCUGGACGUUGCACUUUAGUUGUACAACACAAGGUGGAACGUAUCUGGAAUUUUUAGUUUUGAUUGGAAUCGUGUAGAUUUUUUCUCUCUACAGAAUAUGCAUGCGUGCUGCAGUGAUGUGUGCCGCAUUUAUGGAAUUCUGCUGCUGAAUCCAUGGGAUAUAGAGCAAUGUGUAGCAGGUUGCAUUGAAGACUUACAUAAUUGCAAUAGUGGGUAGGAAGCACUUUCAACAAACGUAUGCUGAUCACUAACUGGCAAUAUUCACUUUUCUCCUGUGCUUCAUUUUAUUUUCAGUUUUUCAUUCCUUAAGUCUUUUUUAUCAACAGUAUAUGCACGAUCUUAAUUUUGGAGCUUUCGUGAC